AACAUCUCGAACGCACUUCUCACGCGAUCCCUGUUCAAGAACAAGUUUGCAAUCUCCUCAAACCACUUUCAAUCUAGUUCUCCAUCCUGCUAGGACUGCAGUACACACCUCUCAACAAGAUCUCCACACACCUCUUAACAAGAACAACAACAAUGGAAAAGACGGUUCUGAUUGUUUAUGCACACCAGAGCCCUAAAUCUUUUAACUGUGCGGUAAAGGAUGCGGCUGUGAAGGCUUUUGCCGACCAGGGCUGUAAGGUCCUCGUGUCAGAUCUCUACGCCAUGAAUUUCCGAGCUGUAGCUACAGCGGAUGAUGUCAAAGGGAAGCUGAAGACCCCUGAGCACUUCCGCUACAAUGAGGAGACCGCACUCGCCUGGAAGGAGGGCAGGCUGAGUGACGACAUUGUAGAAGAGCAGCGUAAAGUGCAGCAGGCUGACCUCGUCAUCUUCCAGUUUCCUCUUUACUGGUUCAAUGUCCCUGCUAUAAUGAAAGGGUGGAUAGACCGAGUGCUGACUCAGGGAUUCGCCUACAGUUUACAGAACCUCUACGACAACGGCUUUUUCAAGAAUAAAAAGGCCAUCCUGUCGUUCACUACUGGAGGAAUGGAGUCCAUGUACCUGCCAGACGGCCUUAACGGAGACAUCAAUGUUGCACUGUGGCCCUUACAGAGUGGAGUUCUGCGCUUCUGUGGUUUUCAGGUACUGGCCCCUCAGAUCUUCUGGAGUCCUGCACAUGCUCCUAAUGAAGCCAGAGUGGCCUUGCUGGAGGCAUGGAAGGCUAGACUGGGAGGACUGCUGGAUGAAAAGCCUCUGUCCUUUGCACCCACUGAGCUGUUUGAUCUUAGCUUCCAGGCAGGGUUCAGACUCCGGCCAGAGGUGAAGGAGGAGUUUGCAUCUAAACCAUAUGGCCUGACCACAGCACAUCACCUGGGAAAACCUCUUCCUCCAAACAACCAGACCAAGGCUGAAUAAGAAGCCGUCCACACCGUCUGAUAAAACAAACUCCAGUUUUUCUCCAGAGUCAUAAAUUUGCAGAAAGAUGCACAAAAUUAAACUUAAAUGUGAAGAUUUUAGUUUGAAAUUUAUUAUAUUAAACUACUGCUAAUAUAUUAAUGUAAAAUUUCUAAAAAUAGUAAGGGCUAUAAAUGUACUACUGUAAUGCAGCAUUUGUGUCUGUAGAUGUACUGUAGAUUUUCCAUGGGUUCAUCAGUAUACAUGUCAUUGUUUUGACCUCUCUGAUCUUUGAUCAGUAACACAGUAAACCUUUGACCAAA